CCGAAUGACGUAGAGACCAGGCAGGCAGCGGAAAGCCCGGACUUGGGCCGGCCCGUCUUUCGCUCGUUAAAAUCAGUGUACUACGCGUCAGCGUGUAAGCUAGUGUAAUCGGCUAAUAGCGACUGGAGCGACCGGUUGUUGGUGAUCGGCUACAAAGUUGCCCCUGGUGUUCCCGUACUUCCGUACGUCCGAUCGCUAAUCGGAUCGGAGCGCAGCGAGAGAGUGUACGUCGUCGUGUUCCAGGCAGCCAGCCAGCCAGCCGGUGGUACAGCCAACGAUGGUCGUCAAAAUCUACAUAUCGGGUAUCAGCGGCAACAAGGAAGUGAAGAAAAGACAACAACGUGUGACGAUGAUUCUAGAUAGUAAAAAUGUGGAAUAUGAGAUUAUUGAUAUAACAGAGCCAGGCAAGGAAUUAGAGAAAGAAUUCAUGCAAGCUAAUAGUAAUGCAAGAACCAAUAAGUAUCCAUUACCACCGCAAAUAUUUAAUGAGGAUGAUUAUUGUGGAGAUUAUGAAGACUUUGAUUUAGCAAACGAAUUGGAUGAAUUGGAAAAGUUUUUGAAAGUAAUGCCGGCAGUCAGUACUGCAGAAAUCACUCUUGAUUCAAAAUCUCAGAGUGAUGGAAUCCAAGAGAAUGGAAAUACUUCAAGUCGAGAGCCUUCUGCGGACAAAGAAGCGGAUAUAGUACUCUCCGACAGUUUACCAGAAAGAACAACUUUAGACAGCGAGAAUAAAGCCUUAGAUGACUCUAAACCGACUGAAGUAGAUAGCGCGACAAAAAUUAUCACUAGUGACGAAGGCGAACAUGUCGAAGAUAAUGGAGAUAAAAAUGAAGAGAAAUCCGACGACCAAGAGAAAGAGGAAUAGAUAUGAGAGAUAUACCCACAUGUAAAGUUGGGAUAUAUUCCAUACAUCCUUCCUUUUCCACCCACAAGCGUAUUUUGCAAAGCUACGUUUAUUACAUUACUAAGGCUGAAUGAAGGUACUGCCAAGAUAAUAUUCUGUAUUGGAAAGUCUGCUGAAUGAACAGUACAAGUGACACGCAUAGAGAACAUACUUUUAUAGAAUAUACUUUGUAUUUUAGAUCAAGCGCGUCUUCACACACCAAUGUCUUUUCCAACAGGUUUGAUUACGUGAUAUGAGACAAUUCCUUCAUAUUGCUAUCCUUAUACACGUCUUCACCUUUAUUGUUUAUUAUUUUGCAUUGUUUCACAUACUGCACUACACCCAAUAUAUUACAACACUCUCGACAAUGAAAUUAAAGUAUAUAUUUUUCUUUUACCUUUUUGUUUUUCAUAAGUAUGCAACUUCUCGAUUAUUAUGUUGCAGCGUGCAAAUAAAAAUAUAUAUAUAUAUAGAAUAUAGCAACAGAGAUGCAUACACACAACAUACAUACAAUAUUAUUUGAGAUAUAUGAGGACAAAUAUAGAUAUAUUUCUAUUAUAAAUCAAAUUUCUUUAGAUCUAAAAAUAUAAUUGCACGUUACACAUGAGAAAAUUUUGACACUUAUAUUAUACAUUUAAAAGUCUCAAACAUAUACAGUAUUAAAGAUAAUUUUAACUUGUUAUUUGAAUAUUUCAUUGUGUUAAGGUAUGAAAACAGUUUUUUCAAAUAUGCUGUAAAAAGUCAUUGAAAUUUUUCUUCAAAUUAUUAUAUAUUACAUAUUAAAGAGAAUUAUAUAGUUUUUAGAAAAAAACAGAACAAAAAAGAAGAGAUUUCUAGAUUUUUAUAGCUCAAUUAUAAAUAUCUAUUUUUAUUGUAUAAACUUUUAUUCAUAUUUCUAUAUAUAUAUAACAGAAUUUACUAGUACAUAUGAUUCAUACUAGCAUGACAUAAUUUCAUCGAUAUGUAUGCAUAUGACUCACAGUUACUACUCAGCAUGAUCUAUCAAAACCUUUGAUUUUAAUCAAUUGUGAUUAUGGAUUUUUUAUAUUUAAAGAGAGUUCUACUUUAAAACACAAAAAAAUUGAAGAUUUGAAAUGUUUAUAAGUUAUAUUAUAAUAUAUAUAAUAUAUAAAAAUUUACAAAGAAAAAAAUUUCUUACAACUGCUACUAUUGGAUGGAAACAAUAAAUUCUUAAUAAUAUGUGAGAAAUAUUUAUUUGAUAUAAAUUAUAGUUUUAAUGUUUUUAAAAUAAUAGUAUAUGAUAAUAGCAGCAGUUGUAGCAAUUGAGAGGCCUAUAUUUCUCUUAUUGCUUUAAUAACACAUUUUCUUCUUGUAUUAGAUAAGAUUAAUAUCUUGUGUAAAUCUCUUAUUGCUUAUAUAUCGUUCAAACAAUACCAUUAUCAUAAAAAAUUCAGCUUUAUGCAGCAUUUGCUAUAUACGAACUGCUUUGUUAUGAAUAAAUGAAAUAAAAAUUA